GCAGAACUUGAACUUCCAAGCUAACAGCGAGGGCUAUGGAUGCAGAAAGCCUGACGCUGCUUCAGCGUAAUGCUGUUUGGCUCUCAAAGCAAGCUCAGAAGUACUCAGAUCAUUGUUUGUAUACGGCGAUCUUUGACUACAGUGCAAUAUUUUUAUUCAGUUUUCUGUGGCAAACAAUGAAACCCGUACAUGGGUUCUACUUCGACGAAUGCGGGUGCACAUCAGGCAUGACUUUCUGUUGUCUCCUUUUUGCCUUUGUGGUUCGUGCAUGGAAGGGUUACGAAGCAUGAAUGUCACAGAAGCCAUAGAUCUUCCAAUGGUCACCGUUACAGCCCUCAUAAUAUCACUUGUUGAUCUCUUGUACUGCUAGUUUACAUGCCUGCUUGCUUCUGAGAGCUUACCGAAG